UACACUCUCUUAGAAACGUUCAUGGGUGCCAUGCUAAAAGCCUUGACACUCAUUUUUCUUUUUGCUUUGCCAGCAAAACCAGAUACAAAUGUGGAAAAUGAAGAACCAUUUGAUCCUAAUAAGGAAUACUACAGUACUUCCGUUCUGGGAUUGAUAAAGGUUUUCGAACUGGAGCGAGAGUUUAUGGAAAACUUUACCCUCUAUGCUGAUGCCUUGCAGGAAAAGGCAAAUAACCUGAAGAGUUACCUUGAUGCCUUAAAGCGUCCCAGGUAUACGACUCACGAGGAGAGGGAGACAUUUGUCUCUCAACCGUUGAAUGCCUUUAGCCUAAUUCGACGUCUCAACCAAGACUGGCCAAAAUUGCAAAAUUAUAUCAAGAAAUCAGUGGGUUUAAAGCACUUAAAUGCUAUGAAAGAGAUGCUGACCAAAGCUCCUGAUGACCACGAUUUGAACGAGACCCUAAAGGGAAUGCAUCGCAUUGAGACCACUUAUGAUCUUCAACCAAGAGAUAUUGCUAAUGGACUGCUACAAAGUCAACAAUUUAACUAUAAACUCACUGCCAGGGAAUGUUUGGUGUUGGCUCUACAUAAAUUUGAAUCUGGAGAUUAUCAACGAUCUCUAAAGUGGUUUAAGGCAGCUUUAGAGCACAAAGCUGUUGGCAAUGAUGAGAACGAAGAGAACGCCUUUGAAACCUUUGUGAGAACGGUUGUACAGCGCACUUUUUCCUUAUCAAAUCAAUCGUUAGAAAACGAAACACUUCAGCAAUUAUUAAACCAAAAAUUCCAGACACCUAUGGAAGAAUUUAUCAGUUCCCAGCUAAGAAAAUGGGAUAUGGAAAAUUCCACAACCACAAACACUGCCCAUAAUAUUGGAUGCCGUGGCCUCUUCCCCAAACGGAGCAAUGGCCUUGUCUGCCGCUACAACUCCACUACGACGCCAUUUUUGAAAUUGGCCCCCCUGAAAAUGGAGGAACUAAGCCUUGAUCCAUAUAUGGUAAUGUACCACGAUGUGAUCUCGAACAAGGAAAUCGCAGACUUGAAAGGCGAAAUUAAAGAAGAAAUGGGUAAUGGCUGGGCGGAUAGAUAUGAAGUGGUGGAUCGUGUCUACUGGACAAGAGAGGAGUCGGCCAUCAGAAAGCGAAUCAAUAACCGCAUAACUGACAUGACGGGUUUCGAUGUGAGGGAGUUCCCGGCCCUCCAGCUGGCCAAUUUUGGGGUGGGUGGGUAUUUUAAGCCUCAUCAUGACUAUUUUACUGAAAGGAUUUUGGAAAUUGAGCCAAAUAAUCCAUUGGGCGAUCGAAUUGGAAGUUUAAUUAUUUAUGCUGGAGAUUUAUCUCAAGGUGGGCAAACAUUGUUUCCCGAAAUUGAGGUGGCUGUGGAGCCCAAAAAGGGCAACAGUCUGUUCUGGUUUAAUACUUUUGAUGAUGCUAGACCAGAUCCAAGAUCCCUGCACUCUGUUUGCCCAGUCAUAGUCGGCUCAAGAUGGACGGUGACCAAAUGGCUGCACUAUAUACCCCAAAUUUUUAUUAAGCCUUGCCAUCCAAAAGUCCAAAAUAUAACCCUCAACGCUUGAAAUAUUUUCUUAUCUUCAAAUAAAGUUUCCAAAUUGCAUUAUCCACGCUAUAACCCUAA